CUGGGAGGCAGCGGAGUGCAGCGUGGAGGCCGGAGGCUGGUAAAUAAUUCAUCCUGAGAAGUUGAUAGCGUUCCCCAGCACUGCCCCAGUCCCAGCCGGCCGCGCCUCCCGCCCAAACCAGCCGGACCUGCUCUCCCGCUCCGCCCCGCAGCCCCCUCCCACAAGCCAAGGCCCAGACUGGGGCGCUUCGGCUCACACGCGAGAGGGCUACUGGGCAGAGAUGGCCCUGCAGACCUCGGUGUUGUCUCCGGCCACAGCCACACCCAUGGUCAUGGCGGAGAGCGCCCUCUAUCGGCAGCGGCUGGAGGUCAUCGCCGAGAAGCGGCGGCUGCAGGAGGAGAUCGGCGCUGCGCGUCGCGAGCUGGAGGAGGAGAAACUCCGCGUGGAGCGACUCAAGAGGAAAUCUCUCCGAGAACGUUGGCUCAUGGAUGGGGCGGCUGAAGGGCCAGAGCGGCCAGAGGACCUGGCCUCCAAGGACCCACAGUCGCCUGAGGGACAGGCCCAGGCUCGAAUUCGUAACCUGGAAGACAGCUUGUUUUCACUCCAGUCACAGCUGCAGCUGUUGCAAAGUGCGUCCACAGGUGCCCAGCACAGACCUGCUGGCAGGCCCACCUGGCGUAGAGAGGGUCCCCGUCCUCUCUCUCAGCCCAGCAUGGAGGCAGGCUCUGCAAGCCUCACUGAAGUGGACAAGAGAACUUCCCUGCCAGCUGGUCCAGUGGGAUUGUCCCCUGAGUCCCCCUCUGAUCCCAGGGAGGCGCUCACUGAGGUUCUGCCAGCCUUGAGGCCAUCCCCUGAGGGCAUAGGGGCCUCUUCAGAAGCCAAUGGCCCCUGCCCAGAGCAGCUGAGCCUAGGGGCCGUGAGUGUCACUAAGGCCAAAGGAGAUGGUGUGGUGGAGGUGGUUUGGGCUGGGCUUAGAGCCACCGAGAACAGUGCCACAGACCCUACAGGCGUAGAGCUGGAGGCUAAGGUGGAAGAAGUGGUUCUGGGGGCCAUUGGGGCCAGGCAGGGCACCAGCAGCCCUGAGCUCCCCACUUGGGUGAAGGAGGGCAAGGCUGUGGUGGAGGUGGUUUGGGAGGGGCUGGGAGGCAGUGACCCGGAUGUCACAGGGGAGUCAGCCAAGAAUGCAGAGGCCACACAAGUCAGUUCCCUGAGGCUCCAGGAGCAAUUUGAGGCAGAAGUUUCCAGAAAAGAGGAAGGUACUUCUAGAGAUAGUCCUGAGGGUGUUGGGCAGGGGGGCCCUGGAGGAGAGGAGGGGUCCUUCAUUUGGGUAGAGAGAGCAGCCCUCAGCGAAGACUGGGAGGAGCUUUUGAUGGAGGGCUUGGAAGCACCCCCAGGGGCAGGGUGUGUGGGGGCACAGCCAAAUGGGAGUGAAGGGUCCUGGGAGGCGGAGAAGAGAGAAAUGGCGAAAUCAGAGGCCAUGGAAGACAGGGGAACGGCAGAAAAGCUCAGAAUAGAGAGGGGUGGGGUGGCUGAAGUGCCCGAGCCAGCCCAGGGAAGAGAGGAAAGCCAGGCAGAAAAAGUGAGAAGAGACAGCAGCGAGGGCUCCUUUCUGGCCGAGGUAGCAGAUGAGGAAAAGCAGGAGGUGAAAGUGAAGGACGAUGAAGAGUCACCGGAAGUAGGAAAAGGGGGCGAGGAGGAACCAGCCACCACUGAGAAGCCAUCGGUGGCACAGACAGAACCAGAGGGCCCACUGGAGCCAAAGAGAAAUGGCAGUGAGAAGCCAUUGGACCAGGAGGGAGAUGGUGGGAGCUCAUUGGACAGAGAGUCAAAAACAAGUGAGGAACUAUUGGAAGGAGAGACAGGAGGUGAGGGCUCACUGGAUGGAGAAACUACAGGAAGCGAGAAGCCAUUGGAUGAGAAGCCAGGAGGUGAGGGCUCACUGGAUGGAGAAACUACAGGAAGCGAGAAGCCAUUGGAUGAGGAGCCAGGAGGUGAGGGCUCACUGGAUGGAGAAACUAAAGGAAGCGAGAAGCCAUUGGAUGAGGAGCCAGGAGGCAGUGAGCCAUUAUCAGAGGAAGAGAAGACCCCAGGCGCCAAGGGCAAGGAGAGUCCACAAGAGCAAGGCAAAGCCAACGAAGCAGCAGAGUUUCCGGUGGAGGAUGCCAGCCAGCCAGGAACCCCACUUCGGGUCCAGGAGGAGCCUGCAUCACAGGGUCAAGAACUGCAAGGCCCGGAGAAGCAAGAAGGAUCAAUAGAAAAGCCAGCCAGGGAGCCUCAGCCCUGUGCUGAGAGUGAGGGUCCCCCCGGGGACGCCACCCCCCUCUUAGCAGAGACCCCAGGCCUGGAGCAACCUGUGGAAGGCCAGCCACUGCUCCAUCAGGAGGUGUCCAGCACCAACCCCGGUGAUCACCCUGCACCUACCUAUGCACCUGCCCGGCAGCUUGAGCUAGCUGAGGCCAAAGAGGCUAGUGGCCCUAAGCAAAAGACGUGCCAGUGUUGUGUGGUCAUGUGAGCCUAUGCCUGAUGCCCAGCACCCUACUCCUCUCACAGCUACCUCGCAGCCUGGCAUCCAGCAGAAGGUCCCAGGCACAGACAGGGUACCAUAGGACUGUUGGUACCCAGCAGCCAGCAGGCCCCUGUGUUUACUUACACCUGGGCUUUUAGACACCCUGCCCACUGCCUGUGGCCCUGACUCCCUUCUGCAAUGAAGCCUUUAUACUUGAAAAUUAAAUGUUAAGGCACUCUGGAA